CCGCCGCCGCCGCCGCCGCCGCCACCGCCGCCGCCGCCGCCGCCUCCUCCCCCCGGAUCGGGUGUACUGUCCCAACCCGAAAGUCCAGUUCUGCGGCCCGGCAGCGGCGAGCGAGCGCGAUGACACAGGAGUACGACAACAAACGGCCAGUGUUGGUUCUUCAGAAUGAAGCACUUUAUCCACAGCGUCGUUCCUACACUAGUGAGGAUGAAGCCUGGAAAUCUUUCCUGGAAAACCCUCUCACUGCAGCAACCAAAGCGAUGAUGAGCAUCAAUGGAGACGAAGACAGUGCAGCUGCGCUGGGCUUGCUCUAUGACUACUACAAGGUUCCGCGAGAGAGAAGGUCAUCAACAGCAAAGCCAGAUGUUGAGCACCCAGAGCCAGAUCAUAGCAAAAGAAAUAGCAUAUCAAACGUGACUGAGCAGCCCCUCAUUUCUGCUGGAGAAAACAGAGUGCAAGUGCUGAAAAACAUGCCAUUUAACAUUGUGCUUCCCCACGGCAACCAGCUGGGCAUCGACAAGAGGGGCCAUCUGACAGCUCCUGACACCACGGUCACUGUCUCCAUAGCAGCCAUGCCUACCCACUCCAUCAAGACGGAGACCCAGCACCACGGCUUUGCUGUGGGGAUCCCGCCAGCAGUGUAUCAUCCUGAGCCCACAGAGCGCGUGGUGGUUUUCGACCGGAACCUGAAUGCUGACCAGUUCAGCUCUGGUGCUCAACCCCCAAACGCUCAGAGGCGUACUCCAGACUCUACCUUCUCAGAGACCUUCAAGGAAGGCGUUCAGGAGGUUUUCUUCCCCUCGGAUCUCAGUCUGCGGAUGCCUGGCAUGAAUUCAGAGGACUAUGUUUUUGACAGUGUUUCUGGGAACAACUUUGAAUAUACCCUAGAAGCCUCAAAAUCGCUCCGACAGAAGCCGGGAGAUAGCACCAUGACGUACCUGAACAAAGGCCAGUUCUAUCCCGUCACCUUGAAGGAAGUGGGCAGCAGCGAGGGCAUCCACCACCCCAUCAGCAAAGUCCGAAGCGUGAUCAUGGUGGUUUUUGCCGAGGACAAAAGCAGGGAAGAUCAGUUAAGGCACUGGAAAUACUGGCAUUCGCGGCAGCACACGGCUAAACAAAGAUGCAUUGACAUAGCUGACUACAAAGAAAGCUUCAACACCAUCAGUAACAUUGAGGAGAUUGCUUAUAAUGCCAUUUCUUUCACUUGGGACAUUAAUGAUGAAGCAAAGGUUUUCAUCUCCGUGAACUGCUUAAGCACAGAUUUCUCUUCUCAGAAAGGUGUGAAGGGGUUGCCUCUGAACAUUCAGAUCGACACCUAUAGCUAUAACAACCGCAGCAACAAGCCUGUGCAUCGGGCGUACUGCCAGAUAAAAGUCUUCUGUGACAAGGGAGCUGAACGGAAAAUCAGGGAUGAAGAACGAAAACAAAGCAAAAGAAAAGGCAAGUGUACUGACCCCAGCUCCCAGUUGAAUGCCUUUUCUGAUGUCAAAGUACCGCUGCUUCCCUCUCACAAACGAAUGGAUAUCACGGUUUUCAAGCCCUUCAUUGAUCUCGACACCCAGCCUGUCCUCUUCAUUCCUGACGUGCACUUCGCCAACCUUCAGCGGGGCGCUCACGUCCUUCCCAUUGCCUCAGAAGAAUUGGAGGGUGAAGGGUCUAACUUGAAAAGGGGGCCUUAUGGCUCGGAAGACGAUUUUGUGAUCCCUCCUCCUGCUAAGCUGAGCCGAGUAGAAGAACCAAAGAGAGUGCUGCUCUAUGUGCGAAAGGAGUCGGAAGAAGUCUUUGAUGCCCUGAUGCUCAAGACUCCGUCUUUGAAAGGCCUGAUGGAAGCUAUCUCAGACAAAUAUGAUGUUCCCCAAGACAAGAUUGGGAAAAUAUUCAAGAAGUGUAAAAAAGGGAUCCUGGUGAACAUGGACGACAACAUCGUGAAGCAUUACUCCAACGAAGACACCUUCCAGCUGCAGAUCGAAGAGGCCGGGGGGUUGUACAAACUCACCCUCACCGAGAUCUGAGGGCGCCCCGGCCCACGACUCCCAGUGAGCUCAGGGAAGCUGUCACGUGGGCCUUUGGGUUGGCAAGCCGCAGGUUCCCCGGUCGGCCACCUUCCAAACAUGGGUGGAUGUCAGUGGAAGGGGUUCCUUUCCAGUUGGAGAUGGCGCUGCAUUUGGCUUGGCGACAGCAUUGACUAUAUUGCAUUGGCGUUUUUCAGAUGACAGAGAAAGCAUAUACCACGAUGUUUGAAUUUUCUGAUAUAAAUACUUAGCAUUAAAAGUGAAAACUUUGUUUCAAGAUUUACUAGAUUACCUGGGAACCUUAAGGUAUCUGCUACGUUAUUUAUAAAAAUAUUGUCUCUUCAGUGCUAGUGGGCCUGCUCACUAGUGCACGUCAGACUCGGUGUAACUAUGGCUGCCUCAGGUUAUGGGCACGGCACCCCAAGAGGACCAGGUGCGCCCUUUCUCCCUCGGCCUCUCAUUCCCCAGUAAAUGUUUACUCCAAUAGGGCAAGUUUCCGAAGUCUUCCUUUGCAACUGUCUUGAACAUAUCAACUGCCUCUCUCAUGAAGAACUUAAACAGUUACAGUGUGCGUCCGUCAAAGCUAAAGCUGCGUGUAUGUAAGUGCAAUACGUCUUGAAGGCCCGUGUCUGUAAAUGUGUACAUACCUGUCUUAUAUAAAUAGAUAAUAUAUACGUGUGGUGUCCGUGUACAUAUAGUGAAGAGAUGUGAUAAGGGCUACCUUAAAGACUUCCUUGAGACGAGAGGAUAAGUUAUUUUCGAUCACCUACACCCAGCAGAUAGCAUACUGCGCUUAGUGGAACCCACUCAGACGCUUUCUUUGCGUUUUCCCAGACACAGCAGUCAUUCAGUAGCAUAGCAAAACCUUCUCAGACGACAGAGAUUCUGUUUGCUCUUGCAAAUGUUAUUAUGUGGAUGUCAGCACUGAUUAACAAAUGAAGUAAAGGAAAAAACACUGCUGCAGCUCAUGACUGCUGUGUCUGCUAGUAUCAGUCAGGUGGACCUGACAGAGGGAGUAAACACAGUAAUCAUAACACGUGCUGUGGUUACUGUGAAGUGGGUGACACAACUCAAGAUGGAAUUCUUCCUGAUCUUCCUGUUAUGAGAAAUGACUUCUGUUUUAUCAUGUUCCAGAACCUUCAAGCUUUGGUUGUCUAGUAUGCUAACAAUUCUAGAAGGCAUUCAUGAAUUUAUGAGACUGUGUUACUGUGGCAGGGGAACAUUUUGUACACAAGUUGAAAUACAUAAAAAUCCUAAAAAGUGUAAUUUUGUAACGGAACUAAAAUCGCAGGUACCUUUAGGCUCAGGGAGGUAGGUUAUUUGUAUAAGUAGGGUUGAUAGUUACAUUCUUACAUUAAAAUAUUCCAAUGAAGUAUGUGAACUAAAUUGCUGGUUUUCUAAGAUAAGAUAUUAUGGGACACGGGUCAUAUAAACAAUAUUUUAUAUUUUGUUUUAUGGGAUCGAUUUUGUCUUGUUUUUAAUUGUACAAUUGAAGAUGUAUGUUAAACCAAAGGGAUUAAAUUUUAUAUGUCUAUUUCGUAAUAUGUCAUUUCCUGUUAUUCAGUUUGACUUUUCCUUUCAUUAGUCAGUAAAGCAAAAUCUGAGAUCUUAAAAUAGUAGAGCUGAAAAGAAUCACCUUAGCAUUUUCUCCUUAUUUCCCAGCAUGUAUAUUUGGGUCUCUUCCUUCCUCUUAAUUUUUCCUUAGAGGGGUCUGAAAUGAUCCGAGUAAUUGUUAACUGAGGGGGCCCUGAAUUAGUUUUCAACUACUGCCAAAAUUUAACCACCAAAGCUUAAGAUAAACGCUUUCAGACCUAAAACCUUAGUGUUCUUGGUUUUUAAAAGCUUAACAGAAAACGUCUAUUCCCUGGUGGUCCAGUGGUUAGGACUUGGUGCUUUCA